CAUUGUAGCAAUAAGUUAAAGAUACAAGUUAAAACAAAAGAAAAAGAAUUCUAUUUCUGCUUGUUACAGAUUACAUUAUAUUAAAAUAUUCCAUACAUUAAAGAUAUAUAACAAAAAUGUGUGGAAUUUGGGGUCUGUUUGGAUUAAAAGUACCAUCUUUAACUUGUAUUUGUGAAAACUUUGAGAAGAUAAAACAUCGUGGUCCAGAAGCAACCAAAAUUGAAUUUGACCAUAUGGUUAAAAAUGGUUACCUUGGAUUUCAUAGACUAAUGAUUGUUGAUAAUAUCUAUGGAAUGCAACCAAUGAAAAAUUUUAAGUAUCCACAUUUAACUUUAUUGUGUAAUGGUGAAAUUUAUAACAACAAAGAGCUUGGUAUACAACAUGAAUUUUCAUAUGCUACAAACUGUGAUGUAGAGGUAAUAAUACAUUUAUAUGCAGUUCUUGGUGCUAAAAACGUGACUAGAAUGCUUGAUGGUGUUUUUGCAUUUUAUUUACUGGACACUAAAAACAAAAGAAUUCUUAUUGGUAGAGAUCCCUAUGGUGUUAGACCUCUUUUCCGAUUGUACUCUGAUGAUGGACAACUUGCAAUUUGUUCAGAGAGCAAGGGGCUCAUAGGAAUAACCAAACAAAUAACUUCAAGAUGCAUAUUGGAACCAUUUCCACCAGGAAGUUAUGAGGAAUAUGAAAUUUUAAAUGAUGGUAGAACAAAAUUAUUAAGAAGAGUAAACUAUUAUCAACCUGGAGACAAACCAAGCUUUCAAGCCUUCAUUCCUUAUGACAGAUUGAGUAGCACAGAUAUACAUCAAAAUAUAAGAGAAUUACUUACUGGUGCUGUGAAAAAAAGAUUAAUGUCUGACAGAGAAAUUGGUUGUUUAUUAUCAGGUGGUCUUGAUUCAAGUUUAAUUGCUGCUUUACUUGUAAAAUGUGGAAGAGAUAUAAACUUACCAUAUAGAAUAAAAAGUUUUUCAGUUGGUAUGAGAGAUAGUCCAGAUAUAAUUGCAGCUAGACAGGUUGCAAAAUACAUAGGAACAGAACAUCAUGAAAUAAUCUUUUCUGAAAAUGAUGUUGUUGAUAUUUUGGACAAACUCAUUUAUCACCUAGAAACAUGUGAUAUUACUACAAUUCGUGCUUCUAUUGGUAUGUAUCUUGUUUCAAGAUAUAUUAAAUAUCACACAAAAACAACAGUAAUAUUUAGUGGAGAAGGUGCAGAUGAAUUGGCACAAGGAUAUAUUUAUUUUAGAGAUGCACCAAACGCAACAGAAGCUCAUAAUGAAUCUGUUCGAUUAUUAAAGAACAUAUAUCUGUAUGAUGCCUUAAGAGCAGACAGAACAACCAGUGCAUUUAGUUUAGAACUACGAGUUCCAUUCUUAGAUAUUCAAUUUACAAAUUAUUAUCUAUCAUUAGAUGCUGCUUCUAGACAACCACAAGGCGGAAUUGAAAAACAUUUAUUACGAUCGGCAUUCGAGGAUACGAAUCUCUUACCAUCAAAUAUAUUAUGGAGACAUAAAGAAGCUUUUAGUGAUGGUGUAACAUCAAUUAAGAAAUCACUUUUCCAUAUCAUACACGAUAUUGUAGAUGGAAGUAUAUUGGAGGAAGAAUUAGAAAAAGCUUAUUUGAAAUUUCCUCAUUGUACUCCGAAAACCAAAGAAGCUCUUUAUUACAGAAAAAUUUUUGAGAAAUAUUAUGAAGGUCAAGCUGAAAAUUUUGUGCCAUACUUUUGGAUGCCACAAUGGACAAAAGGAGUUUGUGACCCAUCCGCGCGAUUUAUUGCACAUUAUACAGCAGAUGUAGAAAACUAA